ACAUAAAGCCCCUUUUGUAAAAGGUUCAAGUACUAUCAACUUGAGUGAAAUUGUCCAUUGAAUCAUGCGACACUAUCUCACUGUUCUGGGCCUUGUCCUGCUGCCGAUAUGCUGCACUGCUAGCUUUGUAACUGACUGUGCUGCGCUAUCUACCCUUCUUCCAGGAAAGGUCUUCUACACUAACAGCACUGUUUACGAUAGCUCCGUUAAGUCCUACUACUUCGUAGAAGAACGCCUGAACCCAACAUGCAUUGUCCGUCCCACGUCCACGUCGGACGUGGCGAUAGUCGUCAAGUACACUGCCGACUGUCCAUCUGCCCUGCUAUCAAUUAAAGGUGGUGGGCAUUCACCGAAUAUCGGUGCUGCUAAUGCAGAUGUGGGAGUCACACUUGAUCUGCGAACACUCAAUGCCGUCUCAAUACAAAGUGGUGGAUUAAUCACAUCCGUUGGUGCGGGAGCGCUGUGGCAGGAGGUGUAUCGAGUUCUGGACACUUACGGACUUGCUGCUGUGGGAGGACGAGUGGCAACAGUAGGCGUUGGAGGACUGAUUACUGGAGGUGGUCUCUCUGCUUUCUCUCCCGAGCAUGGCUUUGCCUGCGACAAUGUGGUUAAUAUGGAGCUUGUGCUAGCAUCUGGCGCCAUUGUUAAUGCGAAUGAAACCAGUCACGCUGAUCUUUUUGCCGCAUUAAAAGGGGGACAGAACAAUUUUGGAAUUGUGACCCGCUUCGACAUUCGUUCCUUCCAACAGCCAGAUUACUGGGGUGGUGGAGUUGAAUAUACUAGCGAUUCUGACGAGGACCAAAUACUGGCUUUUGCCAAAUUCAAGGAUCCGGAGAAUUUUGACCCUCAUGCUGAGAUCGAGCAAAGCUUUCUCUAUACAGCGGCGGAUAACUCAAGGAUUAGCUCUAAUAAUAUGUUCUAUACCAAGCCUGUUGUUAAUGCUAGUGCGUUGGCCGACUUCACGGCCAUUGAACCGCAAUUAUCAAACACAAUGCGCAUCUCAAACACGACUGAUUUUGCCAAGGAGAUGGCUAUGUACCAACCGGCUGAUACUUUGGCGGUUUAUGCAACAACUACCUUCAACGUCUCACUCCCAGCACUCCAAUCCAUACUCGGCAUAUGGAAUACGUCUGUCCACGAGCUCUCUCACAUCAAAUCAUUACUAGCCGUUCUCACCUUUCAGGCCAUUCCCCCGGUUCCACCUGCCUCGGGACCUCAGAACAGCCUCGGUUUCACACCCAACAGCCAUCCCGAGCGGGAUCUCGUUCUCUGCCUCCUGUCAAAUUACUGGACGGACGCAUCCGCAUCGGCGGAGAUCCAGGCGGCUACCCAAUCACUGCUAGAGGAGAUAGAGGCAAUUACACAGAAAGAUGGCGUCGAUGUUCGAUACAAGUAUAUGAACUAUGCCGCGAAGUGGCAGGAUCCGAUUAUGAGCUAUGGGACGACCCAAGUAGAAAAAUUGCGAGAGGUGGCUGCGAAAUAUGAUCCAUCUGGUUUCUUUCAGGCGAAGGUUCCAGGCGGGUUCAAGCUAUCCAGGAGUUGACUUGGCAUGUUUUGUUAUUGUUAGCAGAUUGUACAUAUCAUACAGACACCUGCCACAGCGCUAAUAAGACCAAAAAUACGGAUGACCCUGUC